UCUCCUAUCUUCCGAUUCUAGCUCUCCCCACUUUCAACUGCUUCUAUUUUCCAAGUAAUCUUCUCUUGCAACUUAUUUACUCACUUCCACAGAGCCAAAAACCCCCAUUUCUUCUUAGCCAUGAAAGCCAAAUUGAUCUUCUUUUCGCUUUCAGCCUUUGCCAUUGCUUUCUCUUUUAUUACCAUUGCUUUACGCAACGUCUAUCCUGCUCCCUCAACCACCACCAUCAAUUUCAAACAGCUAAUUGCUGAUAUUCUUGAUAGGUUGGUUGAGGAAAUUGGCACUGGGCAUUACUCCUUAUCAUGGAUAUUCAUGUCGAGGCAUUAUCAUGAUCAUGAGGGCACGAAGCAGAAUUGCGACCCGACAAAAUGGAAUUCGCGGCUCAUCCCAAUGUACAAGGUGGCUCUUGUAUUAACAGUGGACUUGGAAGGUUGCGGUCAGUUUAAUAGCGUGCAGAAAGCUAUUGACGCCGUUCCUGCUCGGAGUGCUUCGAAUAAGACUACCCUCGUCAUCAUUGAUAGUGGCACUUACAGGGAGAAGGUGAAAGUGGACACAAAUAAAACAAAUUUGAUAUUGGAAGGCAAGGGUUAUCUCAACACAUUUCUAUCAUGGAAUGACACUGCCAGCUCAAGUGGAGGGACCAUUUAUAGCUCUUCAGUUCACAUCCUUGCUUCUAACUUCAUUGCCUACAAUCUUAGCUUUCAGAAUACGACUCCUUCUCCAUCCUCUGGAAUAAAGGAAGCUCAAGCUGUAGCACUUCGAAUUUCAGGAGAUAAAGUUGCAUUUUAUGGAUGUGGGUUCUAUGGUGCCCAAGAUACACUUUUUGAUGAUAAUGGAAGGCAUUAUUUCGAAGAAUGUUUUAUUCAAGGAUCCAUUGAUUUCAUCUUUGGAAAUGCAAGAUCACUCUAUCAGUCGUGUACCAUCAAUUCAAUAGCAAUGGAGACGAAAGAAGAAAUAUUAACAGGAUCAAUUACAGCACAAGGGAGACAGUCAAUGACUGAAAACACUGGGUUUUCUUUCGUCAACUGCAAAAUUGGAGGAACUGGGAGAGUAAGUCUAGGAAGGGCCUGGAAAGCUUAUGCAACUGUGGUGUUUUCAACAACUAGUAUGUCCAAAGUUAUUGCUCCAUCUGGAUGGGAUGAUUGGAAUGACACCUCUAGAGACCAGACUGUGUUUUUUGGAGAGUAUGAAUGCUUUGGACAUGGAGCAAAUUACAUGAAUAGGGUGUCAUUUGCAAAGCAACUUGAUCAAUCUGUAGCAGCACGUUUCAUGGACAUUUCAUACAUUAAUGGAAGUGAGUGGAUUCUAUAUCAUCAAGUUCAAGAUUUUAUGCCGAGUCCUCAAGAAAACCAUCCAUGGUGGGUUGAAUGAAACCUCAAAGUUUGAUGAAGAAGAAAGGCUAAACGAUGGCAUCAUUAAUGAAACAAAAUAUGACCAUAAGGAGAAAUGUCAUUGUUCUGUGUUUGUGUUAAAAUUAUUUGUUUGCUACUUUAGUUUAAACUCAUCAUUUGAAUUAGUUCUAGGUGUUGCUGUUUUGAUGGAUUUCUAUUUAUUUUUGUUUUUUUUUUCCAUGAUAUGUCUACUCUAAACACAAUGUUUAAUGUGUAAAUGCGUGGUAUAGUUAUUGAUGUAGGAAGUCUAAGAAAAGGAAAUAGAACCAUCAAGAUGAGGCUCAAGGAGGAAUUCUAAUUUGGUCUAAUUCUCAUUAAUACAACCAGCCCACAAAGCUUAAAAAGUUCAAAGCGUCGA